UUGGAUAGCCGUGAUUCUUCUAUCAGUAACUUUGGUAGAAAUCACAACGUCGUUGAUGUCCGGGGUAUUUAAUGUAAUACCGCGAUCAAGUUUUCAAUGGGGUGUGACUGGCUGUAUUAUUCUUACUGGUAUUGGUGCAGUACUCUACGGAACAGUCAGAUCUCUCUAUCAGUUGAUAUACUACGCUCGUCAUAACCAGAAUAUCCCUGUCCUCGACAAGUUCAUGCAUAUAAUAAUUUCUGUUCUUGGGUCUGUCCAAUCUCUACAUCAACAUCAAGCGAUCCAACACCGUAGCACCCAUGGCUUUCAUUCAGUGUUCCAUUGUUGGAUGCUGGGUUUUGUUCUAUAUCAUUCCCAUUGUGAAAAAAUUUUCUAG